AUGCCAACCAACUGGCUGGUUCAGAUGAAAAAGGGAACAUUUUUUGUACCAGUGGAAUCCAGGUCGCCGGGUGACAGAUCGCUGAUUCCAGCGCCAUCCUUCAGCGUUCAGCACCUUGCAGAUGUUGCCCAAACCGUGCACGAGGUGCCCCCGUGCGUUUUUCGAAGAGAUCCCGAAGGUUCAGGUGCUCAGGUGCUCUCUGAACAUUCGGAUCCGGGGUCUUUUCCCCGUCAACUCACUCUGGAACCUUACUCAACUCACUUGGCCAACCCCUCUGACUUCUCGACAUCCACUGGUGAUUUUCUCCGGCAAGCAAGAGCACUCUGA